AUGAUAAAAACCCCCGACACACCGGAACACACAGGUGCCAACGAGGAGCUUAACGUUGAUGAAAUCCAUGAAAUAGAUGAAAACGAUGUUGAAGACUUAGACUUGGGCUAUGGCAACGAGGACGAACAACAGAAUGACAGGUCUUCGCUGAAGAGGGAGGCAAGUACCGACGAUGACAUAGUCUUUGACCAAAAAGAUGAAUUUGUACCACAGGUAAACAUAAGCUCGCCCUUUUCAUCUACUGCAAAUAUCACGAGGCUUCGGGACUCACAUUCAUCAGCUCAAGGGAGGCUAAGCAUGUCACAGCAGUCUAAGUUUGUGUCUUAUUGCGACGACCGCCUGAUGGAGAUCCAACGGAAGUUCGUGCAAUCAAGGGGCCUAGCAGAAGAAAAUGGUUACAGAGAGCUAUCACCUCUAUUGCAGGAUCUCAAAUCGCUACUUGACUUUAUUUGGUACUCCAUCGAAGGGAUUCCAAACACGGAACUGCUUUUGAAGCAAAACCUAGAUGAUAUGUUGGCUAGACAAUUCGCGAAUACGAGGUCCACAAACUUCGGGCAGACUUACUACCUAAUCAGGGUCGCUGACGAUUUUCUAGACUACCUCACAAAAUUUGAUUUGACCCAUCUAAAGGUCGAAGAGCAGCAGAAGACUGUGGCAAAGGUCUUCAAGUUUCUCAUGAUACUGGACAAAGUUUUUGCAAAAUGCCUAGAGGGUCUUAUACCUGGAAAUCUCAAAAUGAACGGAACAGAAAUGGUAAGAAUAAGUGGAAUAGCAGAGCGUACGCGAAUGGUAUUACCUCAGUACCUAGAACAGCAAAAGAUCCAUGGGUACCACUAUGAAGUUAGCAAAGUUUACGAGGAGACUUUGGAACGAUGCGCUUAA